AUGUUUUCAAAUUAGAGUAAAAAUACAAUUGUUCAUUUGAUUAAGGAUGUUGUAUAAGGGGAAAAGGAAUUGGAAAAUAUAAAGCAGAGUCUAAUUCUCCAUAUCACUGAUAACAAUGCCAGUUAUUAGACCUGCUUUUUACAUCUUGCUUAUGAGAAAGAUAGAAUAACGAGAAAUGAUUUGGAAGUAUUUCUAUAAAGUUCGUAAAUACGUUUUGAUUUAAGAGAAAUAUCAUUGCUGAAAUAUACUACCUAUUAAGAUUUUUUGGACUUAAUGCUUCCCAACAAUCAAAUAUUUUUGAAGCAAUAUCAAUAAAAACAAAUGAAUUAUAACAAUCCUAAUUCUGACAUACUUAAUAUAAUAGGUAAAGUGUUUGGAAAGAAUAUUGAAAUUAUUCGAAAAACAUAGGCAUAUUUAGAUGCAUUGAUAUUAAGAUUUGAUAAGAGCACAUUAUUAAACUAUUUGUGUCCAAAAUCAGAUAAAAAUACUCCAGUUUUCUUACAAUUGUUAAAAAACAUUGAUUUAGAUAUAAGUUUUGAAGAUGUUAUCUGUGCGAUGAGAAGAUUAGAUAAGGAUCAAGAUUCGGAUGUAAAUAGAUUUGAUUGGGAAGAACUGCUUAAAUGUUCAAAACCUCCAAAAAAUAAUUAAACAUCCACUGGAAAUCUAUAGAAAUAGAUUAGUAAAUAAUAAAGUUCAAAAUCAAUUAACCGAAGUGAAUCUAGAUAAAAGACAGAUCAAGAAAACAUCAAUUCAAAUCGAAACGUUCAUUUUUCAAUUACCAAAUCAUCAACAAAGUCUUUAAAAAAGUCAUCUAGUAUUAUGGAAGAAUCAAUUCUGGAAUUUCAAUUGCACAUUAUAACUAUUGGUAAAUUAAAUGAAGAAUUAGAUCAGAUAAAAUUAGAGCUUUCAAGUCGGGGUGAUUAUUCAAUUUCUCAAGCAUUUUAAUUUUUUGAUCUUGAUGUUGAUGGUUCAAUAGGAUUGUAAGAUUUAAAACUCGCGUUUUUGUAGUUAGGAAUAGACGUUAAUGAUUUUAUAAUUAGGUAACUAAUCCAUAGUUAUUCGACUCAACAUUCUUAAACAUAAUGGGAUCUAACUGAUUUUAAAAGCUUGUUCCCAGAAAGUAGAUAGGCUUUAAAUACUUACAUGGGGGCGUUUAGUUAUGAGACUAAGAAAAUCAUUAGAAUAUUGAUAUAGAAAUAUUUAGAAUUAAUUAGAUAUAGGAAGGAAUCAACUCAUUCAUUGGGAUCAGACUCAAAGAACAUUGAUAUAAUAUUCAAUUUCAUAGAUUUGGAUUAGGAUGGGAUAAUUACUUAGGAUGACUUCAAAGUGUUAGAUGUUAAAGGCAAACAUAUUUUAGUAUUCUUUUAAUCAUUUUAAGAAUAUCCUUACUAAAUAACUUAUAAUUAAUUUUAGAAGUAUUUUAAUUGAUUUAUUAAUAAAAAUUAAUAAUUAUAGAUAGAAUUAAA